AUGAAACCAGGACGCCUUUGGCUGCGUCUCGCACUGCUCGGGGCCUCCCUGCGGGCUGCGCUGGGAUGGACCGACCCGGGAACCGGCCGAGGCCUGAGCAGGGGCGCGGAGGAGUCGCAGGCAAAGGAAUUGAGAAGCUUUGAAGUCACAAGAAGAGAAGGGCUCUCCAGCCACGGCUGGCUGCCGUCCUCCUGCGGGGAGAAGCUGUGCGGCCGCGGGAGCAGGUGCGCGCUCAGCCGCGAGACGGGGGAGCCUGAGUGCCGGUGCCUGGAGGCCUGCAGGCCCAGCUACCUGCCCGUGUGCGGCUCCGACGGGAGGUUUUACGAGAACCACUGUGAGCUCCACCGUGCCGCGUGCCUGCUGGGGAAGAGGAUCGCCGUCGCCCGCAGCAAGGACUGCUUCCUGACAGGAGACCCGUGCACCAUGGCCAACUACGCCCGCCUGAAGAACGUCCUCCUGGCACUGCAGACCCGCCGGCAGCCACUCCCAGAGGGGGCCAGCCCCCCAGACCCGGCCUCCCAGAAGCGCCUCCUGGUGGAAUCUCUGUUUAAGGACUUGGACGCAGAUGGUGACGGUCACCUCAGCCCCUCGGAACUGGCUCAGCACGUGCUGAAGGAACGGGACCUGGAGGAGAGCUUCCUGGGAUGCUCCCCAAGCGACCUCCUUCGAUUUGAUGACUACAACAGGGACGGCUGGCUGACCCUCCGCGAGUUCUACACGGCCUUCCAGGUGGUUCAGCUCAGCCUCGCCCCCGAGGAGAGGGUCAGCGUGGCCACGGUAACCGUGGGGCUGAGCACCGUGCUGACGUGUGCCGUCCGCGGGGACCUGCGGCCGCCCAUCGUCUGGAAGCGCCACGGGCUCGCCCUGAACUUCCUGGACUUGGAAGACAUCAACGACUUCGGCGAGGACAACUCCCUCUACAUCACCAAGGUGACCACCGUCCACAUGGGCAACUACACCUGCCACGCCGCGGGCCACGAGGAGCUGUUCCAGACCCACGUCCUGCAGGUGAAUGUGCCACCAGUCAUCCGCGUCUACCCGGAGACCCAGGCACAGGAGCCGGGGGUGGCGGCCAGUCUGAGAUGCCACGCAGAGGGCAUCCCUAUGCCCAGAAUCACUUGGCUGAAAAACGGCAUGGAUGUCUCGGCCCAGAUGUCUAAACAGCUCUCCCUUUUGGCCAAUGGGAGCGAACUCCACAUCGGCAGCGUCCGCUAUGAAGACACGGGGGCGUACACCUGCAUCGCCAAAAACGAAGUGGGCGUGGACGAAGAUAUCUCCUCACUCUUCGUUGAAGACUCGGCUAGAAAGACCCUUGCAAACAUCCUCUGGCGCGAGGAAGGCCUCAGUGUGGGAAACAUGUUCUAUGUCUUCUCCGAUGAUGGCAUUAUCAUCCUGCACCCCGUGGACUGUGAGAUCCAGAGGCACCUCAAACCCUCUGAGAAGAUCGUCAUGAGCUAUGACGAAAUCUGUCCUCAAACAGAAGGAGACAACACCCAGCCAUGCCAGUGGGCGUCGGCAGUGAACGUCAGGCACCGGUACAUCUACGUGGCCCAACCGACACUGAACAGAGUCCUCGUGGUCGACGUUCAAGCCCAGAAAGUCCUACAGUCCAUAGGUGUGGAUCCCCUGCCGGCUAAGCUGACCUAUGACAAGUCACAUGACCAAGUGUGGGUCCUGAGCUGGGGGGAUGUGCACAAGUCCCAGCCAAGCCUCCAGGUGAUCACGGAAGCCAGCACCGGCCAGGGCCAGCACCUCAUCCGCACACCCUUCACAGGAAUGGACGACUUCUUCAUUCCCCCAACAAACCUCAUCAUCAACCACAUCAGGUUCGGCUUCGUCUUCAACACGUCCGAGCCCGCCGUGCACAAGGUGGACCUGGAGACGCUGCUGCUGGUCAAGACCAUCGGGCUGCAGCGGCACGGCUGCCUGCCGCAGGCCAUGGCCCACUCCCACCUGGGCGGCUACUUCUUCGUGCAGUGCCUCCGGGACGGCGCCGCGGCCGCCCCGCAGCUGCUCAUCGACGGCGUCACGGACGCCACGGUCGGCCCCAACGGCGACGUGACCGGCACCCCGCACGCAUCCCCCGACGGGCGCUUCGUGGUCAGCGCGGCCGCCGCCGGCCCCCGGCUGCACGUGCAGGAGGUCACGCUGCGGGGGGAGCUCCGGACCCUCCACGCCCUGGACAUCGGCCGGGGGGGCGUCUCCGACGUGGCCUUCCAGCGCUCCUUCGCCCACGGCGGCCAGUACCGCGUCUACGCCGCGCUGCAGGCCCCGCCGGACCUGCUGUUCCUGGAGCUGGCCACGGGCCGGGCCGGCCGGCUGCGGAGCCUCAAGGAGCCGCCCGCGGGGCCGGCCGGGCGCUGGGGAGGGCCCCGCAGGGCCGUGCGAGACAGCGGGCUGUUCGGGCAGUACCUCCUCACGCCGGCCCGGGAGUCCCUGUUCCUCAUCGACGGGCGGCAGAACGCGCUGCGGUGCGAGGUGGCGGGCGUCCGGGGGGGCGCCACCGUGGUGUGGGUGGGCGAGGUGUGA